AUGCCAUCUUCGAGCUCCUCCCAUUCCAGAUCCGGAUUGGCGGCGCAAUUAGACAUGGGUGACGUCCACGUAUGUAACAUUUGCCUAAAGCAGUUCAGGCGGGGAGACCUUCGAAAUCGACAUAGACGACGGUGCGAAAAGUCAAUUGGCAAGAUAAUGCCUACCAAGAAGCGUUCCUGCGAACGAUGCAUCUCGUUUAAAGUGAAGUGUGACCAUGAGAAGCCUUCAUGUGGCAGAUGUCUAGGUCGCUCCGUUCCCUGCGAAUAUAAACUAGAGCCCAAGGUCAAGAUGCCUCUCGGUCUGGCAUUUGGAUUGGGGCCUAAUGCUGCCUUUAACGGAUCCAUGGACGGCCCCCUUCAAAGGCUAGAGGUGCAUGGCCGAGACGAGCAUUUAUUGUCCGUAGCAUCGCCCGAAAUAAUGUUUGACAUGUCGUCGUCUUCUGGAGCCUUAGCCGAUAGGACACUAGGGGCAUUAGAUGCUACGAUGGAUCUUGUCGGCCAGGGCUUCUAUGCCAAUGAGUACUAUCAGCAUUGGGGACAAGUUGGUACGGCGUGGGCAGAAGGCAUGAUGCCUGAUGAUUGGGCUAUGGAAUCAAUCUUCUAA